UUGGUUGGAAUACUGUUGUGGACCGUUUCUCAAAUAAGAUUUCAAAAAUCAGAGUAGAAGAAUGACUGAGAAUUUUGAGGAAAAAGUCAAGCGGUACAAGGAUAUGGGAAAGACGGCUUUUGUCAUCGGCUACACUGGGGAGUGUGGGAAGGAGCUCGUCAAAGCCUUGUCAAAGAAUAAGAUAUUCAGCAAAGUGGUCCUCGUCGGUCGCAGAAAAGUGGACCUCAGUCCUGAUCCUGGACCAGAGUUUGAACAAAGAAUUGUUGAUUAUGAUAAGCUGGAGGACCACACAGAAGCUUUCCAAGGAGCCCAUGUAGGCUACUGUUGUUUGGGUACAACAAAAGGAAAAGCAGGAAAGGAAGGUUUUAUAAAGGUAGAUAGGGAUUACGUAAUUAAAAGUGCAGAAAUAGCAAAGUCAAAUGGCUGUCAACAUUUUAGCGUGAUAACAGCUUCAACCGCAAAUAAGAACAGUAUGUUUCUCUACGUAAAGACCAAGGGAGAAGUAGAAGAUGCACUGAAAAAUAUGGCGUUUGACAAAUUAACUAUCUUUAAACCAGCAGUCCUGUUAUGUGAUCGUGCAGAAACACGCAUAGGAGAACGAAUUGCAACGACUAUUAUGAAACCCUGGACAAUGAUGUUUCCCACCACUGGGUCAGUACCUACAGCGUAUGUGGGUAGAGCGAUGGUUAUAGACACAGUGACACCGGGUGAUGAAAAACUCAGGAUCUACAACAAUGGCGAGAUACAUGGAUUGGUCAAACAAGACGGAAAGAAAUGACGAGGCCUUGAAAAGCAAAAAGUGCAUAUCUAUUCUCAAAAUCAUUGGCUGAUUUUCGCUAUCCUCUGUCGAUGUUUGGGAAAAUUAUAAAUUUUUGCACAGCAGGGAAAUUCGGAAUCUCGACAUCGUCAUUAGUAUCGCUUCCAUAUUUUACACUUAAUUUGCUUAUUGUGAAGUAGCAGUUACUAUUGAUGCUGAUUUCGGGGUUUCACCCGAUCUAAAUAUAUUUAUCAAACAACCAUGAGCUGAUGAAAAGUUUAAUAUUUUCUAAUAAGAAUAAAAAUAAAUCGGGUUUUAGAGCCUUCCGAAGGUAUGAAGUUUUAAACAUAACGUUAGAUAUACAUUGUAUAUGAAUUAUAUAGACGUACGACGUAUUGUGAUAGAACUGGACCUUUCUGUGAAUGGUUCAGUUGAACACAUUUCCAUUCGUUAAGCACAUGAACUAGUUAUUUUUAUCAAAUACAUCCAUUUUUCAAAGAACAAAACACACUGUAUAAGUCAAAAAUGUGUGCUUAUGCACGACAACCAUGUCAAGGAUUUGAAAUCGAUGUAAUGAGAAAAACAUUUAUAUGAAUUAUGUUGGUCAAGAUAUUUUUAAUCCAAUAAUCGGGUCGGCUGUUCUCAUUACAUGCUGUGAUAAGUGUAUUGUGGGUAAUGAAGUUCGAACGACACUUCCUGGUAAGGCAGAUUAUAUGUGCAGCAUGAGAGCUUUUAUUUACCAUGAGACACUCGCUGAGUUAGCCUUUAAAGCAUAAGAUAUAAUAUUUGAUUCAGCAAUUUUGUUGUUUUUGCUGCUGCUUUCGGGCAUGCAAUAUUGCAGUUCUAGUCUUAAUAUACUUAGAUCUGCAAUGUGAUCUACCUUAUAUUUACAAACACAUAGAACUAUAUGAAACAUUUUUCAUUUUUGU